AUGCUUUCAGGGGUCUCAAGAGCUUUUGCAAUUUUGUCGAAGUACCAGAUACUUGUAUCAAAGGGUAUAUCAAUAGGUUUAGUAGUUUUGAGAUAUACUUCUGAAGCCCACUUUAUUUCAUCUUCAGGAGCAUCAGUCUUGAGAGUUGAGGUAUUGCCUAAUACAGCCUUGGUAGCUUUAUUCGAGGUGAUAGCAAGUGGAGAAAUAUUAGAUAAGUUUUUAGGGUUGGCUGUAGGGGCUACAGAGAUAUACUUGGG